GGCGCUGGGAUUGGUUGGGAUCCUGCAGGCGCUUUGAGCGUGGCGCGGGGUUUGCUCGCUGCGGCGCGGCGGGGACUGGUGGGCGGAAUGUCCCAAGCCGGUGGCGGUGCGGGCGGUGAUGCGGGGCAAGAAGACUCUGCUGCUGCCGGCCCGUUCAGCUUCAGCCCGGAGCCCACGCUUGAGGACAUCCGACGUCUCCAUGCAGAAUUUGCUGCUGAGCGGGACUGGGAGCAGUUCCACCAGCCUCGGAACCUGCUCCUAGCCUUGGUGGGAGAAGUGGGUGAGCUGGCAGAACUCUUCCAGUGGAAGUCUGACGCAGAGCCUGGUCCCCAAGCCUGGCUGCCAAAGGAACGAGCAGCCCUUCAAGAGGAGCUUAGCGACGUCCUCAUCUACCUGGUGGCAUUAGCAGCCCGUUGUCGUGUGGAUUUACCUCGAGCAGUAAUUUCCAAAAUGGACACCAACCGACGACGCUACCCAGUCCAUCUCUCCCGAGGUUCUGCCUGCAAGUACACAGACUUGCCCCGUGGGACCAUCCCCGAAAACCAGGCUGUGGGGGCUGCAGAGGGGGCUGCAGAACCUACUUCUGAGCUACAAAGCCAGGCCUCCACCUAGGAAACAGUGUCAGAACAGCAGAGAUGGACUCGUUCUAGUCCCUUCUUAACUGAAUCAUAGGUCUGAGGCCUAAGAGUUUCCAAAAGAUAAUCUACUGGUCUUUUCUCUCUCAAUAAAGUGAUGCAUGACAA